AUGGCAGCAGCAGACUACUUCGCUCCUGGCGCAAGACCGCCGUUGGAGCAGAGCAACAGUCUAUAUCCGCCUCCACAACCGCAAAGAGCAAGUUCCUCGCAGCCUACUUAUGGAAGGAUUCCCAUCCAUCAGGGCCAUCCAAGUCCUCUGAAUCCUGCUCAAUCACCUUAUCCUCCGCCUCCAUAUCAGCCGUUGAACAGCGAACAAUAUCCGCCUGUCAACACGGAGCAUAAACCCAGCGUACACUUCACACCAGGUGGUUCACCCGGUGGACAACAUCGUCCUUCCUUCGGCGGUCAACCGAGACCUGAAUCCUUCUCUGCAAGCCAGCCAAACUACCAGGCACAACAAAUGGCUCCAUAUCAGCAGAGCCCCUACAUUCCUCAAGGCUAUCCUUAUCAGCAACCACCCACCUUCCAGCAGCCGCAGUAUCAACCUCGCCCAAGCUACUCAGCCAGCGAUGCAUACGGGCCCGGGUAUACUUCAGACCCUGAAACGCACAGACGGAAACAUAAGAGCAGGUCACGGCGCAUAUCAGAUAACUCGCGGUCUUCAAACACUGAUGCCCUGCUCGGUGCAGCUGGAGGAUCACUUAUUGGCGAUUUGAUCUUCCCAGGUCUAGGUACAGUGGGAGGAGCUCUUGUUGGAUGGGUCGGUGGGAAGGAUUACGGCAAACACAGAAAGUGGCGAGAAGACAAGCGAGACCGCGAACAGGACAGAUGGGAGAGGAAGUUCGCGGACAGAUCGAGAAGCCGCAGCCGGAGUCGUGAGAGGCGGAAGGACCGUCAUGAGCGGAGGAGAAGUUAA